GUGCCCGCGGCGCGCCCUAGCCAACAGCGAACACCUGUUACUCGCGCCAUUGUUCGCCGAAGAGCCGGCUAGAUCAGAUCGUAAUUAUAAUCAACGCGCUGCACUCAGUGAAAAUGUCCGAACAAACAGAGAAUAAAGAGAACAACGUCGAAGAGCAGAAACCCGCUGCGAAGGCCGAAGAGGUGAAAGAAAACGGCACCGGAGAUGCUACGCCGGCAAACGAAGCGGUCGAAACAAAAGAAAAAGAAGCACCUCCGAAAGAAAUGCGUGCCGUCGUCCUCACCGGUUUCGGGGGCCUGAAGAGCGUCAAAAUCCUCAAGAAGCCGGAGCCUACGCUCAAUGAGGGCGAGGUACUCAUCAGGGUGAAGGCAUGUGGGCUGAACUUCCAAGACCUGAUGCUCCGGCAAGGUGCCAUCGACUCCCCUCCAAAAUGUCCCUUCAUCAUGGGCUUCGAAUGUGCCGGGGAUGUCGAACAAGUUGGGGAGGGCGUUGAAGGGUUUGCGAUUGGGGACAGGGUAGUGGCACUACCCGAGUACCGCGCUUGGGCCGAGUUGGUAGCCGUACCAGCGAAGUACGCUUACAAACUCCCAGAAGGAAUGUCCUAUCUAGACGCGGUCACCAUCACCAUGAACUACGCCGUCGCUCAUGCUCUACUCUUCGAGAUCGCUGGAAUUGGCGAAGGAAAGUCCAUCUUGGUGCACAGUGUUGGAGGAGGAGUGGGUCAAGCGGUAGCUCAACUAGCCAAGACCGUUCCCAACGUGACAGUCUUCGGCGUGUGCUCCAAAUCCAAGCACGAAGCUCUCCAAGCCUCGGGUGCUCCUGUAGACAAGCUUCUAGAUCGUGCUUCUGAUUACGCAGCAGAGGUUCGCAAACAACAGCCUGAAGGUGUUGAUAUCGUCCUCGAUUGCCUGUGCGGCGAGGAAUGCCAAAAGGGAUAUUCUCUGCUCAAGCCUAUGGGGCGAUAUGUGCUCUACGGGAGCAGCAAUGUAGUUACAGGGGAAACCAAGAGCUUCUUCAGCGCUGCUAGGGCGUGGUGGCAAGUCGACAAGAUCUCUCCCUUGAAACUGUUCGACGACAACCGCACCAUUUCCGGUUUCAACUUGAGACGACUCAUGUUCCAACAAAAUGGAGAGGGUUUCGUCAGGGAGACCAUCCAAAAAGUGUUCUCGCUAUUUGAACAAGGCAAGGUCAAGCCGGUGCUCGAUACUACAUGGGCUCUAGAAGACGUGGCUGAAGCUAUGCAGAAGAUGCACGAUCGUAAGAACAUCGGCAAGAUCAUCCUGGAUCCGAGCUUGGAACCGAAACCGAAACCGGCCACCCCAGCGAAGGGUAAGAACAAGGAAGACAAGAAGAAACAGGCUUCCGAAGAAAAGAAGGACUCCGAGGAGAAGAAAGAGGAAGAAAAGAAGGAAGAGAAAAAGGAGGAGAAAAAAGAGGAGAAGAAAGAGGAAGCUACUGCCAACGGCGAAUCAGGAGAUAGCGCAAAGUAAUAAGAACGGCUUUGUGCGUUAUUUAGGUUAUGUUAUAUGUUGGUGUUGCGUGGCAAUUCAGUGGAUCAUUUUUUGUGCCAUUUGAAAAAUUAGCCCCUUGACCGUAUAUGGAAUAAGGGCUAUUAUCCAUCGAAAUUGUCCGAAAUUUUACUGAAUUGUCACGAAUAUUUUAAUUUACUUGUAUUUUGAAACCGUACGGUCCUAACGACACUUUGAGCAUACGUUUUGAAUCAGACGUUAUUGAGAAAUGUUUGGCUUAUAACGAAUUUCGUACCAUAUAUUGCAUUUUUAUACUUAUUUUUUUAAAACGUAUCUGCGAUUUUGUAUACAGAUCUCAACGCAUAUAUCGACCAUACAUUCUGAGCUGUGUUAUUUUUAUAAAAUCUACAGUGUGGUAACGGGUUUUAGGGACCUAACAUUUCGUCUAUCAGUAUUUAAGCGGUAAUUUAGAACGUUUUGAUAUACACUGAAAUUCAUUUACGUCUUUUGGCGCCGCUUUCAACGUGUACGAGAGAGAGAGAAACUGCAACGCCAUGCAAUACGUGUGUUAAAAAGAGAGCGUCACAAAACAUAUACACUGAAGAAGGUAAGUCCCGUGUUAUCCAUAGGACGAUUUGACUUAUGUCAUUGUCCAGGCGCCAUUUUUGUAUGAGGUUGUGCAUGAAGCCUCACGCAACGUUGCCAGCUCUUCGCGUAUAUCUGAGCUUGUAAUUUGUAUUGGACGAUUUCAUAACGUCGUGUGUUAGUAACAAUCAUCCACAUCGCCUGCCGAUAUUUGGGGGAGGGUUCGAUUUCGAUGCGGCGUUGCCAAGUUGUCAAUUUGGAGACGAAUUUGCAAAAUGUUGCCAUACUGUAGCGUAAGUACGAGGUGUCCCACUAUAAAUUGACCCCUCUCAACUUCUUAGCAUGAAUUUUGAGAAAAAAAGUUAUAUACAAGAUUUUUAGAGCCUAAUAUAAAGUUUUUGCGGCAAUGUCUUUUUUAUAUACACGGUGUCACAGAAAAGUGCUAUCGAAUAAAUUUUUAUUUUUUCAAAGGAACACCCUGUAUAUUUUUAGUGAAAAAUCAAGUUUUCGACGAAAAAAAGCGACUAUCAUUGUCACGAAAAAUGUACAGGGUGUUUGUUCCAUUUGAAAGAAUUCUACUUUUUCGGGAUACCUUGUAUAUAAAAACAAAAGUUAGAGGGGAUCAAUUUAUAGCGGGACACCCUGUACCUAAUAGUAUACAUAUAGAGGAUUAGUCAAAACAUUUUGAGACCAAUGAUUUUACUUAUAUUUUUUUACACUGUUUCGUAAUUUUCGUCCCUGUCUUUGCGUUUCAUAUUUCUAAUGGUGCUUUUUCGUGUAUCGUGUAUCUAAUGAUUCCAAUCUAGCUUAUUUUUGUACUAUAACGGCACAUAUCUGUGUGUAUCAGACCAAAACAUCAAACGUGGUAAUUAGGUAGCGUUUUUAACAGAACGAAAAACAUAUUUUUCCAUAAUUAGUUUUUUCACUCAAUAGUUCAAUCAAGGACAAAUAAGUAGUUUGGAUGAAUCUUCGCCCUUGUAUUUUUGCUAUUGCUAUUUUUUUAACAUUUGGAAGCAUAUCAAGUUUUCUGAUGAAAAUUUUACACUCACUUUUCUAUCAGAUGCGACCGGUGCUGUCAAAAACACAGGCCGACAAGAUUUUUUAGCCAGAAACGAGAGAUAUUUGAUGCCCUGAAUCUGAAUCCGAUUAUUGGUUAUGUAAAAAAAAAUCAUAGAUAUCAUCUCAAAGUACAAGCCUUGCCCUUUCAAAUGCCUUUGAGUUUUUUAAAUAUCUUUUUUUUCGCUGAGAUAUGGCACUUUAAAUUUAUCAUUGGUUUUGAGGGGCUUAAAUGAUGACCUUGAUAAUGACAUUGACCGUCAUAUUGAAGAAGAUUUCAAGAUCAAGCUAACGUUUUUAACAUCGGAAUUGAAAAGAGAAGGAAGUUUUACGUCAAAAUAUGACAUCACCAUGACCUUGUCUAUUUCCUUGAAGGGCAUCACAAGGUCUAAUCAGUUGCGAGGGAUAACCUAAAUGUGACCUUGACCUUGAUCUUCAGGGUCAAGUCAACGUUUCUAAAGGAAACAUUUCAUUUUUUCACUGGAAAUAUGAGUAGGAAACUUUACGUCUUUGUAAAUUUCGACGAUUUAUAUGGCCGAGGUCAUGGUCAAGGUCACCUUUGGGUGAUCCCACAAACCUCAUAACCGUGAAGAUUAAGUUUGGAAUUGAUGACCCUAAGCAUGAAAUUGAGGGUCGUUUCAAGGUCAAGUGAACGUUUUCAGAUAGAUCCGUCAAGUGUGACCUUGAUGAUGACCUUCAAGGUCAAGUCAACAUUUCCAAAGGAUUUUUAUACUGAAAAUGGGAAGUGCAAAACUGACAGGUUUAUGUGACAAUUUUGUUUUGACCUUGAAUAUUAUGGCCAAUUUCACUGAUGGGUGAUCCCCGCAACUGUGCGGUCGAACUUUUUGGCAAAUUGUGUUCGAUGCCUUGAUUUGAUCUUAUGCCCACAACCCCUCCUACACUAUCAAGGCCGAGUUUAACGUUCUUACUUUCGAGUGAACAACUUUUUUAACGAAGAAAUACUUUCUUCUGAUGGAAGCUAAGCUUUGUAGAUACAGUUAAACAUAGUAAAGUUCAAAACAUGAAAACUUUGAAGUACCAUAUCUCAGCGAAAUAAAAAGAUAUUCAAGGUAAGCUCAACCGCAUUUGAAAGGGCAAAGCUUGUAUUUCGAGAUUUUGGGAAAAAUCCUCAUGCUACAUAACUUAAAAUACAAAAAUCGCUCAAGGUUAGGACAUCUCUGAAAGUAAUCCCGACUGAGAGUUUUGGGCGGUGGAUUCCGAUUGAGGUUAUCAAAAAUCUUCUAGAAAGUAUACUUUGGUUUCUGGCUCAUUUUUGUCGGCCUGUGAAAUCGAUUCUUUGCUCACAAGUCGAAUAUUUAAGCCACUCCCGUAGCUAGACGUAAUUUUAAGAAAACGCUCUUCGCAGACGCCUAAAAAUGUGUUAAGAGUGAUUGUAAAUUUUUUUGUGGAGUAUAUUUUAAUAUAAGGAGUAUGUAAACUUCUAUGAUGCUGUAUUUGUUAAAGCUGCAAUUUAUAAUCUUACAGUUACGCUAUAAAAAAUACCUAUAUUAGUUGCUAUUAAUUGCUUAAAUAUAAUAUAUAUGUACAUGUAAGACUGAUGUGUUAACGCUAUUGCAUAUUGUUUGGAUGCCUGUAUUAU